CCGCGUCAUUUUCUCUCUGCAAUACAAUUCAAAAUACAACGCAACGCACCAGAGGACUUUUAUCCUGCCGUUGAAAAUCGUGCGGGACGCACUUCACAAUUUACGAAAAACACAUUUGGGAUUUCGCAAAUCCGAUCGGCUGCAAGCGACUAUUUCGUACGUGCUGUAGUUUCCAGUAAGCACCACAAACAUUGAGAACCGAAGCACAUCAAGACACCACAGCGGCAACAGCAACUGCCAAACGAAAGAACGGCCUUCUACGAUGAAUAUUACCAAGAAUCUAUCGGUCUUUUGCCUUAUUGUUGGCGUAUUCCAGCUCCUGACAGUGAAUGUUUACUCCCAGCGAACUUCUAUUCGUGGGUCGUACGAGAGACAAAGGCAGAGAGAAUCAAAUCGCGUUGGAGGAUACAACCAUGGCAGGCCCGAUAGGGAAGGGGACCAAAGCGGAUCCGAUCCCUUCGCACCCUCGAACAACAGUGGGGGGAAUAGCAACGGCAGCGGUGCGAAUCUCGUGCUGGUCCCCCAGUGCAACCCGAGCGACCCAAAAUCUUACUACAAUUCCUACGAAAACGCGAGAGACUCCAGUGACUGCGACCAGUACCUCUCGUAUUGCGACCGAAAGUAUUCCGGCAUGGAUUUUUCGUCUGGCUGGAUGCUCCCGCGUGACUUUUACGAAUCAAUGCGAGAGGUGUACGACCGGUGCUUUCGCUCCUGUUCCGAGCGCAGCGGCGGGCCCCAGAGAUUUUGCUCCAUGCCCGAACCCUCGCGGGGCUACACUUCUUCUCUCUCGCAGGAGUCCAGGAGCUAUUGCUCGCCGUACGCCGAAGGUUCGCCGGCCUGGACCAGAGCGAUGGAGGUCCACGAGGCCGAGGUCCUCUUGGCGAUGAACAUCAAGCGCAGCGAAACGGGAGGAACCGUCUGCAACCGGAGGAACGGCAACGACAUGAUCUCGACCUUCUAUCCGAGGUCCAGCCCUGUGGUGGUAAACCCCCAGCUCUCGUGCGCUGCCCGGAUCCAGGCCCAGAAUAUUGUCAUGGAGACCCUCGAGACCGGGCGCUUCCCCUCCAACCUGCACAACGCGUGCCCCUCAUCUACGUUUUUGUCGUCCUCUGCACCGAUCUGCGAGGGAUUUACGACCCGGAUGAUGAGGGCCGGGUAUCCAUACCAAUCCCAGGGAUUCGGUUCCGUCAACGAGGUCACGGCAGUGAACUACAGAACUGCCGAGGCCGUCGUUGGGGGAUGGUUGAGCAGCACUAGCGGGCAUUGUUCUGCGAUUGUCAAGCAGGAAUCUCCGUUUGUUCCAACCGAGGUUGGCAUCGGCUACUUUGAAUCCGGGGGCAUCACCGGGCACGUAGUGAUUGUUGGGCAGCUGCGAUCCUAGGCGCCUGCGGUGCCCUGCCUUUCUUCUCCCUUGGGUUGUGUGCCACUAAGAUAGCACACCAGAACGAGCCCCACGAUACCUGACGGUAGACGGCGCUCGAACCAUUCAACGCCAUCAAUGUCAUGCGGCGAUACAUCUUCCUUCCCGUUUGAACUGUCGACGGCACUGCUUGAUAUGUUCGAGCAAAAAGUCACUGGUUUGACCAUGGGUUUCAUGAAGUCUAAUACAACAGGUCCAACGGCAUCGGUAAAUUUUGUAUACUUAGUUGUGUAAUAAUUAUUGAGACAAUUAAUAAUAAUAAAUUUAAAUGUUAUUUCAGCACUACAAAUAUUAAAGUAUUAUCAGUAAACGAUGACUGGGAUAGAGGAUUCUACGACACCUCUCGAGGUAACCGGUGAUCGUUUACUCUUCGUCGAUUUCUUUCAACUCCUCGGACGUGAAGAGUUUGCCGGUCGUGAUGAAGCUUUGGCGACUGCGACGUGACAAGGCUUCGAUGGCGAGGCUUUGUCGUUCCCCCUCACCUUCGACGGACGAAAGACUGCGCAUCGAAUUCAUCUUAUCUGCGAGCAAAAGACUGGAACGGCGGGCUUUGCACAGUUCGGGUUCCUUUUGGGCGAACUCCAACUCUUCCUUGCUCUCUUCGGAACCUUCUAGUGACUCUACAUAAGCAUCAUAGUUCUUCUGGUCUCGCUCCUCAUCGAUCGCACGUACCUUUGCUACAAUUUCAUCAUAGGACAAAUGGGCACGGUUGCUGUCUUCAAUUCCAAACGCAGCAUCGAGGCUGUCCAGGACAGUAGCGUCCUUUGCCGUCACAUUGACUGUUUGGAAGGGUUGUUCCGAUUCGUCGGGGUCUUGCCACAUUUUGUACCAAUCUUGGGAGGUUUGGAAAGCCACAAAUUGUUCUUUGGUAUAUUCUUCUCCUUCUACUGGCAUCUUAAAAAGAGCCGCGAAUUCGGUAAUGGUAAAGCCUGCUUGUUCGGCCUGGCGACACGUGCGAUUCCAAAGGGCAUCCAUGUGUGCUUCCAAGUCGCAGUGUAGAAAGACCAUAGAAAAAUCUUUUGCUCCAGCGUCGAGCAGUAACUUUUUAAGCAAGAGACGAUUAGGUCUGAAAUAGGAGGCCCAAGAGAUGCAUACUUUGUCCGACUCCUUGGCAGCCUCGAGUCCAAGUUUGGCCAAUUCUUCCAUGUAGGGCACGAGUCCCUCCGUUACAAGCCAUUCCAUACCCUUGCCCUCGUAUUCUUCUAGCUGAAAGACGCGGUUGUUCAGAUCUUUGUAAUGAGGAUUGCCGUGCGUAUUCUUGAGUGGAGUGUCUCCGUCUACGUGUUUCCAGUCUCCAAACAAGUCAACAUAGUCUCCAGUGAACGACUUUCCGGUACCGGACUUGGCUACCAAGAAAAUAAAUUCAGUGGAUUCGAUCUUCUUCUGGUCGUCGUCGCUCAUUGUGAUUGCUCGUCGGUUUUUUCUUGUGAAAGGGAUGCGGCAGGCGUGUCUUGUGAUCGCUUCGGUUGACGAUUUCAAUAGCACUCGUUCUGUUGUUGUUCCUUGGGCAACGAAAGAGAAUGAAUGACUUGCGGGAUU